UUCAAUUAAAAAAAAAAAAAAAUGGUAACGAAAUGUAUUCUUCAGUAUCGAAAGUUUCUCUUUUCAAAGUACAUUGAGUGCAUUUAGGAACAGAUUUAAAUUUUUCAUUUUUUUCAAUUUCUGACUUUUUGGAUAUUUGAAAGCCAAUAUUUUUUAGAAAUUCAAUAACGUUGUUGGUGCAAGAGAAAGAGAGAAAAAUGGUUGGCAAAUGGACUCUACAAUUACUCGGUACAGUUCUCAUGUUCAUUGUGGGAAUUUUUAAUUUCCAUAAAGAAGAAAUCCCACUUACUGAAAACAGUGGUUUAAAAAAAAUAACUCUUAUGAAUGAUAGAAUAAAUAUGGACUUUAGAGAACAACUGAAAAUCACUAUUAAAUAUUUUGGAAGGCUUUUAAAUCACUACAAAUGCAAUAAACGUAAUUUAUUAACAGGAACAGUGAUUUAUAUGUUUAGAAAAAUUUUAAUUUUGACUUGUGAGAGUGCAGAAGACAUUUAUUUGUAUAACAGACUCCAUAAUUAUUCUGCCGAUAACUUGAUACCAAGUAGAAUUGAUGAAAUAAAAAAUGGAAUGCCAUUAGAAUGUGGAAGACAACCAGAAAGAUUAAAAGAAAUAUAUCAAAAUAUUUAUCGAUUCUUAAAUUUAUAUUACAAAAAUUUUCCAAAGGAAGAGAAUGAUAUUGAAUACAAUACUUGUUAUGUAGUGAGCCUUUUGGAAUUCGCAACGUUAAAUGCCGCAUUUGUAACUUACAAUUAUUCAAUUUCUGCUCUAAAAGACAAAAUAAUGAAGUGUAUUGCAUUAAAGUCACAAGAGAAAAAUUCAACUGCUAAAUAUUUCAACAAAAAAAUGUUCAAUACUAACUCAAAAAUAGUUAUUUAUCACCUUCACAAAGAAGAUAUAAGAUUUAGAGAUCAUCUUAAGAUUGUAACUAAUUUUUUUAAGACAAUUUUAAAUCAUUAUGAAUGUAGUAAAUCUCCUAUAAAUGUUAUUUCUUCUAUUGAAGAAUGGAAAAUUCCGUCAAUAAUUUGGUUCAUUUCUAUUAGUGCAGAAGAUAAUUAUUCUUAUCACACAACUAAUGCAUCUCGAUUCAAAUCGACAAAAUGGUUGAACUAUAGUUCAGAAGUAUCAAAAUUAAUACCACAAGAAUGUGGUACACAACUAAAGGAAAAUAAAAAAUUAAUUCAAAAUUUGUAUCAAUUGUUUAAUAUGUACUAUGAAAAUUUUCCAACACAAUUCAUUAAUGACGAUUUUAGUAAAUGCUUUACAGAGAGUGUUAAAAACAUAAAAGAUAUCAAUCUCGAAGAAUUUGAUUCUUUUAAAAAUAAUUCUGCCUACAGGAGACAAUCAUUAAUUGUCAUUAUAAAAAAGAAUCUUGUUUCAAUAAUGAAAUGUGUUGAAUUAAAAGAACAUUUGUAAAUUACUCGAAGCAACAAAUAAAUCCGAUUGAAUUUCA